ACGACUAAGUAGUGACACAGACGGGGAGCAUUCUGGCUAGUGUGCUAGCAGCUAACGGAUCCGCACGAAAUGGCUGAAGAAGACUGGUUUGACCACAACUGAGGCCAUUUUCUUAGCUACUGCAUUUAAAGAUGUGCCGUUGAAGAAUGCGAUAUAUGUGAGUACCUGUAGUCGGUGCUGUUUGUGUGUUGGCUGCUCCUGUCGGUGUGGAAAGCGCCCCGUUCUGACGUGGCUAACAACAGGCUCGCUAACUAGCUCCAGGCUAACUGAGCAGUAGCAUGACAGCAAGAAGCAGAUUACCUGUAAAGUGAGAUUGGAGUGUCUCUUGUCAACCUGAUGGUCAUGGAGAAGUCAUGGCGGUUGUGGGGAGCACUGGAGCGAUGUAUGGUGACUGUGGGCUCCUGGUCGUGGGGGGCUUGUCGCAUCUCACUGCUGGCACUUAUACUCACCUUCCACCUGUAUGGAGGCCUUUUACUGCUGGGUCUCAUCCUGGCCUCUGUGGCUGGGAUCCUGUACAAGUUCCAGGACGUGCUGCUUUACUUCCCUGACCAGCCUUCAUCCUCAAGGCUGUACGUCCCUAUGCCGACAGGUAUUCCACAUGAGAAUGUCUACAUACGCACUAAGGAUGGUGUGCGGCUCAACGUGAUUUUGCUCCGCUACACUGGUGAAAAUCCUGCAUCAGCCCCCACCAUUUUGUAUUUUCAUGGCAAUGCAGGGAACAUUGGCCACAGAGUGCCUAAUGCGCUGCUCAUGCUUGUUAACCUGAAGGCCAAUGUGGUUCUGGUAGACUACCGAGGUUAUGGGAAGAGUGAUGGUGAGCCCAGUGAAGAGGGCCUCUAUCAGGAUGCUGAGGCCACCCUGGACUAUGUCAUGUCCCGUCCAGACAUUGACAAGACUAAGAUGGUACUGUUUGGGCGCUCAUUGGGGGGAGCGGUGGCCAUCAGGUUGGCCUCGGUCAACCCUCACCGUGUGGCUGCCAUCAUGGUUGAAAACACUUUCCUGAGCAUCCCACACAUGGCAGCAACCCUCUUCUCUUUCUUUCCAAUGCGCUACCUGCCACUUUGGUGCUAUAAGAACAAAUUUUUGUCCUACAGACAUGUGGCACUGUGUCGCAUGCCUUCUCUUUUUAUUUCUGGCCUAUCGGACCAGCUCAUCCCCCCAGUUAUGAUGAAGCAGCUGUAUGAGCUGUCACCUGCACGGACUAAACGCAUCGCCAUCUUCCCCGAGGGCACGCACAAUGAUACCUGGCAGUGCCAGGGUUACUUUGCAGCUCUGGAGCAGUUCAUGAAAGAGCUCCUGAAAAGCCAUGCCCAAGAGGAGACGUCCCAGGGCUCGGCCAGUGUCACCAUCAUCUAGAACAAUGAAUGCUCCCACUGCUCAGUGUGGACCUGCUGUAAUGGAAUGUACAUUUUUUAUGUUCUUUCUUCUCUUCCCCAUAUUAAUUUCUAGCACUUAAUUUUCAGUGAUAUGAUACUGAUAAGAAUUCAAAUAUGAAGUUUUUGAGUGGUGCAGGUUGCAUUUUAAAUGCCUUCAAAUCUCAUUUUUCUUUUUUUCCGAUGAAUUAGUUUGAAAUAUGAAUGCAUGAUCUGCUUCUGUAAUGUAAUGUCCUUUUAGCCUUCUUUCAUUUGUGCACACUCAUUCACACUGACUGUACAGGACUUUUCUUUUAUACAAAGACUUUGUCAUCGGUGGUAUACCAAAUGUUCACCCAUUUGCAAGUCCUACUGUAUAAUAAAGAUACUUGCCUAAUAAUGUCAGGCAAAGUGUUAAACAUUUUUGUCAAUGUAAUUUGUGUUUUAUUGUUUACUGUGUUUGUACAGUAAGCAUCACUUGAAUGUUUAAAACACAAAAUCUUAAGGGCUCAUUUCUCCAGAUCAUAGCCUAGCCGUCAUGGCACUGCUUUCUCAGAGAGUCAGUGUCUGUUUAUAGGUACAACCGAAGUUAAACAAGACUAGAACCUUGGUUGUGGCUUUAAGAUCCUCUCUUUCGUAGUGGUUAUGAAAGCCUUGUACUUGCUAAUGGGAUUGUGCACUGGUUUUGUCGUAUCUUGCCACCUUCCGUAUAUUUAGUGAUAGAGCUUGAAAAUCAGCUCAGGAAACCAUUGAUUUUCUCAGAGAAUCCUCUCAGCUGGAAGCCUGUAGUACUGGGUGAUAAAUGAGUGUAGACGUAAGUGUUAGAGCAGAAGAAUCUCAGUGCAUUGGCAUCGUGAAUCUUUACAAUACCAUUGUGGCUAUUUGGAGCCCUCCUCCCAACUGGCAUGAUUGGUUUUUCUUUUGGCCUGACCACUCUUGUUAAUACUAAAGUGGUUGCCACAAAGUGGCUUGACAGUACAGAUCUCUUGCACAUAUCCUGUAAAUAACAUUUUCCUCUUACAUGUCAGAGUACAUAGCCAUUUACCUGUGCUGCUGCUGUAUUUGGUUUA